AUGAAAGAGAUGAAUGCUAGUAACGAUGACAAGGAGAAUGGGGUUUCAAAUAAGGUUUCCAAAGAUUCUUUAGUUUCAGGAGGAAAAAGGAAACUUGGUAAGUAUCUGUCUGAUGUUCAUGGGAAUGGCAAUCUGCCUGAGGAGUAUGUGACGCCUACAAAGCGGCGGAAAGAAAAGAAUAAUGGCGGGGAUGAGAAAGUUGAGGUUGCAAACUUAGAUGAUAAGAAUUCGAAUUCGAAGUCGAAGGAGUUCUUAAGAGUUUUUGGUGAGUCGAAAAACAAUAGUAGCGGGAAGCAUGAUGUUUACAGUGCAAAUGUUGAUGAAAGUAAGAGCGGCAGUCAGUCUAAAGAUGAUAAAGAACCAAAGGAUAAGGAUCGUGGAAAGGAUGAUAAGUACAAAGGAGAAAGGGAGAAAGAUAAACACAGAGAUGAUAAAUACCAUGAAGAUAGUAGAAAGGAUAAUAAGUAUCAUGUUGAUAGAGAUGAGAAACAGAGAGAUAAGAAGUAUAAAGAAAGUGGUGGUAGGCUUCAAAGGAAUGGGGACAACAAGUAUAGAGAAAAAAGAACAAGUGAUCCCAAACAUACAGAUGUAGACACAUGGUUUGCUAACACAAACCAUUAG